CGGAAACCGCGCGUUCGCGUUCGCGAGUGACGGAAGAAGAGCGUGCCGAGAGCAAUCAUGGAGGACGGUACCCGCAGCAACGUGCUGCUUUCGCCAAAACGGGAAGCGCAGCGGGUCGAGAUUCCCAGCGUCGCGGGAGACGAUCCGGCGUCCAGGAAGGUUAGAUCCGCCGACUCCGCGCCGCUCCAAGUGCCGCUGAUGCAGUGUGGCUCCCUGGAGAUCGGCGAGGAACGCCAACGUCGGGUCGCUAUGAUGGAGUCGCUCUGCCAAGUGAACGGCAGUAAGACCAACGGCAUCGGCAAUGGAGAUCUUAGCAAUGAAAGCAACAUUAAUAACAACAAUACCCACAAUAACAACAACAACAAUAACAACAACAGCAAUACCACUACUGAUUGUCCGGAUCCUCAGCAGAGGUUGGCAGUGUUGAGCUUCGAGCAAGUGCGCCGCCUGAACGACGUAAUGAACGAGGUCGUCAGCAUCCACGGCCGAGGAAACUUUCCUACCUUGGAAGUUCGACUGAGGGACCUCGUGACAGUGGUGCGCAGCAAGCUGGAGACCGAUCCGAGUAACGGAGGUGCCGGUAUGAGGGUACGUGACAUCCGACUGAACGGCGGCGCUGCUUCUCACGUGCUGGCCACCGAAUCUCAACCUUACAACGACUUGGACCUUAUCUUCGCGGUCGAGUUGUCCAGCGGCCGUAACUACGACAAGGUCAAGGCCGCGGUGCUCGGUUCCUUGUUUGACUUGCUGCCGGAGGGCGUGAGCCGCAAACGCAUCACCACGUGUAGCCUGAAAGAGGCCUAUGUCAGCAAGAUGGUGAAGGUGAACAACGAUGGUGACCGGUGGUCUCUGAUCUCUCUUGGCAACUCCCGGGGUCACCGGAACGUCGAGCUGAAAUUCGUCGACUCGAUGAGACGACAGUUUGAAUUCUCCGUCGAUUCCUUCCAGAUCGUUCUCGAUUCCUUGUUGCUGUUUUACGAGUGCAGCAAGUUGCCGAUCGCCGAGAACUUUUACCCUACCGUCGUGGGCGAGUCCGUCUACGGUGAUUUUCAAGAAGCGCUCUAUCAUUUGCACAAAAAGCUCAUCUCGACGAGGCAUCCCGAAGAGAUACGUGGUGGUGGCUUGCUCAAGUAUUGCAACCUACUCGUCAAGAUGUACAAGCCGUCUCAGCCCGACUACAUCAAGACUCUCGAACGAUACAUGUGUUCGAGAUUUUUCAUCGAUUUCCCGGACAUAGGGCAGCAACGGUCCAAGCUCGAAAACUACCUGUGGAAUCACUUCGUCGGACCCGAGGAGGAGGCCUUGAAAUAUCAGUACCUGAUGCUGCUGCACAGCGUUGUCGAGGAGUCCACCGUGUGCCUGAUGGGUCACGAACGACGGCAGACGCUUGCUCUGAUUCAGAGUCUCGCUUACCAGGUGCUCUGCCAAGAACAACAGCAGCGACUGACGAGUCAUCAGCAGGCGCCGCAGGGACCGCCUGCCACUUAUGUCUACGCCAACGGGUAUUACUAUGCGCCUGUGAUACCUACGGCAGCAUGCUACACGUGCACCUGCAACUGGAUGGCCUGCUCGUCGUGAUGGGACGACAUAGACGAUAACGCCGUAUCCGUGGACGCUGCCACCGCCGCCGUCGCCGCCACUACCACAACCACUAUCACCACCACCACCACCACUACCAUCACCACGACUACCAGCACCACCGCCAUCGUCACCUCCGAUGUCACCACCACUACCACCAAAAUGGAAGUUGCUAACGAGCCCAACCAUGCCUAUCACUACGGUCAUUGGUAUCAAUGGUACGAUAAAUGCGGAGUCUAUUAUCUUUGCACCUCUGGCCUCUAUUGUCCUCUCGAGAAGUUUGGAGACCCCUGUUGCAUUUGUGGUUCUUUCAAAGAGCUUGAGGAUGCAGAAAGAAGUGGCAUCGAUCGUGUCUGUCGAUCUGUGUCCAAAGGACUCAAGCUUCUCAGUUGACGUUUGUCAGACUCGUUGACGGAACGACGCAAGGUGGUUCAAUAUGGAGUGGACUGAAAAAUAAAUCGUUUUCGAUGCUGCGCGUAUAAUCAUCGAUAAAUGCGGGAACAACAAAGUCGUGGGUUGUGUUUGAGAUUGGCGAAUCCACGAUAUCAUCGACUGCAGAAAAGAAGCGUACACAGGAUGUGAACGGGGACGCGCGGAGUCUCUUUUCUCAUCACGAAUCUCCGUCGCGAGUACUGCUCUUCCUGGACGCUCGUAAACGCUCGGUGGCGGUCGCUGCAGUGAAGUCAGGAUACAAUGUUGAUUAUCGGUUACGGUUGCGGUGAAACGACCAAAAGACUAUAAGAUUCUCCAGAAACAGAAAUGUUUGUGUUGUGCCUAAAUACAAAAAAGAACGAAGAAAGACCGAGAGAUGUUCGGAGAAGACGAAGAAGGGGAUUUCGCCGAUGCGUUCAAGAAACGAUAAAUGUAGCAAGAAGGCGAAAUAGUCUUAAAUUAAUGGAGCGAGCGCGAUUUUCAUAUUGAUUAAGCGCGAAUCUUGAAAAAGAAGUGAUUCGUUAGAAUGAUAUGGUACGGAAUUGCGAUGGUACGAUCGACAUUAUAUACACAGCGGGUCCUGAACGAUACCGUGUUGAAGAGAAAACGAAAACGCAGGAGAAUGCGAGAUGUCACGACGGAAUCUAAUACAAACAGAGAGAAAAGGAGGAGACAGUCGAUAAGAAUGGACGACUCGCGAUCACGAUUGAAUCACGAGCGAGACACGUUCCUCUGUUUCACUCGUUUGUUGCUUUUCCGUUUCGUACAUCUCAUAGAACUGAUCGCGCGCCGAAUAACAGGGAGAGAGGAUCCAGCGAAAAGGAAAAUUCAGCGAAGAAGGAAAGCACGUUACGGGCGCGUGGCAUUUUGGCUACGAAAAAAAAA